AUAGAAUUUAUUUUAUCAAUUAUUGGAAGUUUAAUUUUGGUAAUCUGUGUUUUAGUUAGAGUGGCUUUUUUAACUCUUUUAGAGCGUAAGGUUUUAGGUUAUAUUCAGAUUCGUAAGGGACCAAAUAAAGUGGGUUUAAUAGGGAUUCCUCAACCUUUUUGUGACGCGAUUAAGUUAUUUACUAAGGAACAAACUUACCCUCUUUUAUCAAAUUAUAUUUCUUACUAUUUUUCUCCUAUUUUUUCUUUAUUUUUGUCUUUGGUUGCUUGAUUGUGUAUUCCUUUAUUUGUUAAGUUAUUUUCGUUUAAUUUGGGAUUAUUAUUUUUUUUAUGUUGUACUAGAUUAGGGGUUUAUACUGUUAUAAUUGCUGGUUGAUCUUCUAAUUCUAAUUAUGCAUUGUUAGGGGGGUUGCGAGCUGUGGCUCAGACUAUUUCUUAUGAAGUUAGAAUAGCUUUGGUUUUAUUAUCUUUUGUGUUUUUAAUUGGAAGUUAUAAUAUUUUAGAUUUUUUUUAUUAUCAAAAAACUAUUUGAUUUUUGGUAAUUUUAUUUCCUAUUAGAUUGGUUUGAUUUUGUAUUUGUUUAGCUGAAACUAAUCGUACUCCCUUUGAUUUUGCAGAAGGUGAAUCAGAAUUAGUUUCUGGAUUUAAUAUUGAAUACAGAAGAGGGGGAUUUGCUUUAAUUUUUAUAGCUGAAUAUGCUAGAAUUUUAUUUAUAAGUAUAUUGUUUUGUGUAAUUUUUUUGGGGUGUGAUGUGUUUAAUAUUAUAUUUUAUAUUAAGUUAACAUUUAUUUCAUUUGUUUUUAUUUGAGCUCGAGGUACUUUACCUCGAUUUCGUUAUGAUAAAUUAAUAUAUUUAGCUUGAAAGAGUUUUUUACCUUUUUCAUUAAAUUUUUUAUUAUUUAUUAUUGGGUUAAAACUAUUAUUGAUCUAUUAUAUGUGGU